AUGUUCUUGGGGAGCUUCCUCGCUGGCUGCAUUCCUUUAUCGACUAAGCUCUCCGAAACGAAGCUACGGAACUUGACAGCACUUGGAGUAGGGUUGCUCAUUGGCACUGCUCUUGUGAUCAUAAUACCCGAAGGCAUCGAGACUCUCUACAGCUCCAACGCGGUUACUACCAUUGGCAAUCAUACCGAAAGCAUGUUGCAGCAGCAUGUUACAACGGCAUCUUCCACCAUGGACAGCCAAACGACGAAUACAACCCCUAUAUGGCAAGAGGAUACUACUUUACAGAAACGACAACCACACGACCAUGCUGGUGAAGAGGAUGAGCACAAGUCAACAGAGCAUGCGACGAUAGGAAUGGCUAUGAUUGUGGGAUUUGCAAUGAUGUUUGUUGUUGAUCAAGUGAGCUCACUGCAUGUCCAUGGAUCAUCAUCAUCGACGCAUCAUCAUCAUGAAUACAGCGAACUUAGUUUUAUGGAUGGUAAUGGAUCAUCGUCAACGGCGACAUCACAUGGAAACGGGAAUGCAUCACCAGAACAACGCUCGCGAUCACCUACUUCAAAGUCAAUCACACCCACCAUUGGAUUAAUUGUUCAUGCAGCAGCUGAUGGUAUAGCGCUGGGCGCCUCUGCUACACAUCCAGAAUUAUCCAUGGUCGUGUUCCUUGCCAUUAUGCUUCACAAGGCCCCUUCAGCAUUCGCACUCACCACCGUCUUACUCGCUGAAGGCCUCUCACGAGUCAGUGUUCGUCGUCAUUUGCUCAUUUUUUCAUUGUCAGCACCAACAGGAGCAAUUGGUACCUACAUGUUACUUCAUGUCUUUUGGUCAUCUUCCAGCGCAUCCACCGAUCUCGCCUAUUGGACAGGUGUAUUACUAGUAUUUUCAGGUGGUACCUUUUUAUACGUUGCUAUGCAUGCUCUUCAAGAAUUACGGCCGUCGUCGUCAUCUUCCCAUGCGGAGAAAUUGUCAGGGUCACAAGUGGGUGCUAUUCUGGGAGGCAUGUUCCUGCCGAUCGUACUCAACGUUGCACAUUCCCAUUGA